UGUGUGUGUGUGUGUGUGUUUUUUUGAGUCCUGUGUUUGUGACUCAAACCUCCCAGAAGACCCUUGAACCUAUUUACAGCAGUUUGAGCAGGAGCCGUUGACAGACUUUAAUCUUACACUUAACGAUUAUACACACACACACACACGUAGAAUGCAUGUAAACGCAGCCACAACAGGCCACCUGUAUGCGCUUCCCUAAUGAAAACUUUAUGCUCGCAGACAUAUGUUUCCAGGAAAAACAAAUUGUUGCUUGAUUGCCAAAUUAAAGUAGCAUGUCGGAUGUGAAACGCUAUCUUUUUAGAAAACCAAAUAAAAGAAAGAUGAUGCCUCAAAGACAUUCCUGACAUAAUUAGGUGGUUUUUCCAGAAAGCUCUAAGAAUGUUGCACUUCUAUCAUCUGGCGGCCAGAUAUACAAGGAACCACAUAUUAAAUGUUGAUCAAUUGUGGCUUUUCUCUUGUGAAAUGUGAUCUGCGUUCCAUGCCUUUGGCAUUUUACUUUCUAUGGUUACAACUAAUGAUUGUUUCCUUUAACUUUAAUUACUCUUGCUCUCAAAAUACUGAACCCUGGUGCUCAUCUUCAAAUUGCUGGUUUUGUCCGAUCCAUGCUCCAACACCCACAUUUAUAAUUAUAUAAAAUCAGCAAUUCCUCACGCUUGACAAGCUGGAAAUGUUUGAUAUUUUUACUUUAUUAACAGCAACAUUUACUCGAUUCCAAAAGAUUAUGAAAACCAUAAUUAGUGAGUAAUAGACUGACGGCUUAUUCAACUUAAAAUUACGUGAAUUUAGCUGCCUUGCACAUAUUUAGUCCAUAUUAGAUUAUAGCACGCACACAGAUCAACUGUGACUCACAGCUGAGCUGCUGAAAUGUAAUCAGUCCAUGUGUGCUUAGCUUCCCGAAGAGUCACUUUAGCAGGAACCAUUUCACACAGCCUGUGUGAGUGUCUGUGUGCACGCACACAGACACUCGCAGCAAGCAUGGCCCCCUCACACACAGCACUAACCAGAUCACAGUGGAUGUAGGUAAAUCAAUCAAGGGCACAAUUACGUUAACUAUGUGCUUUUACAAGGUCAGACGCUCCAGUCUUUAUCUCCGUCCUGUUCUGUUGUUUUCUAGCUUGUCGACUGCUGUUGCGAGUAGCUAUUAUCAGGGCGGAAGUUUGUGGACUUGCGUGUUCUCUUUUGUCUGCGAGUGGGUCACAUUUAAAGUUAACACCCUGGGAGGUUUGUUAGCUCGUCUUGUGGGAGGUUUGUUAGCUCGUCUUGUGGGAGGUUUGUUAACUCGUCUUGUGGGAGGUUUGUUAACUCGUCUUGUCAUCGGGGCUUGUUCCCUGAGGCCUGACUUCAGUGGGAAAAUAAAACCUGUUUAGAAGUUGACACAGUACAGAAAAUGGUCACUUAUCUUCCAGUUACACCGAGAGAACUCCUGCUGGUUUCACCAAGGUUUGCACGUGUCCUGUUUCUGUAGAGUAUAAAAGAUUGUCCCACUGGCUUAUCUUUUUUUGGUGAUUUUGUUCCCCAAAGGUCUCAUUCUGAGCUACUCGUUAGUGCUUCUGACCCUCUUUCCUUUGGAAAAAAUAACCGCCAAUAUUGCCAGUAAACUAUUUGAACUCAUUAACUAUUGUGCGAGCCAACUGUGGCUUUGGCGUCCCCGCUGUACCGGAGCAUUUUGCAUUCCCUCCCUGUCUUUUUUAGCACAACCCUCAGUAGAAAUUCUGCUUUGUUAUGUCGUCCAACAGCGAUUGGACGGACGAUUCAACCACUUGGCUGAGAUCCUGCACUCUGGUACCAGGCGUCUAUUUGCUGUCUAUUUGUCGCAGACCGAUGGGGCGGGUUUCAGCUAUUAAUUAGACGUGUGCACGCUCUCAAACACACACACACACACACACACACACACACACACACACACACACACAGUGUAGUACAAUCCCUCCACUGUAGGCUUAAUGAGGGACACGGAGACAGAACGUCUGUCACUGUGCGGGCAUGACUGAGUGAAUCCAAUGUGGUGACACCCCUUUGAGGGUGUGUUUCUCUCCAGUGCCCAAACAUCCCUGUGGUAUUGUUGCUCCACGUCGGUGAGAUUGUGUCCCUUCACAUUUUUACUCAGGAUAUUAUUCAUACUUCCCAAUAGCUUAUUACAUAAUCAAGAAACAUGUUCAUAUCUAUCGGCUUGUUUUUCAGCCAAGGUUCCUCUUUCCCCUCUGUGGCUGCAGCGCACCCAGUAUCUGACCCUAACUGUGCCGGAGGAACGCUUUUAUAAAAGGCCAGCUUGACUGGAAACACAGAGCGGUUGUUCGGAGGCCCGUCCUCUGCUUCUGGAUAUCAGGAUUUGUAGAGAUAAAGAAAAUAAAUCACUCAACCCAGUCCCGUGGUGAUUGUGUUAUUGAGUGUGCUGGGGUCAUGACGGGAGCUUUGUGCAACACACCAAAUGUGAUAGAAGAUGGAUUUUGGAGUCUCACAGCGUAGCGCUGGCUGGUGGGGCAGCGGGGGGUCGGUUUGUUUGUGUGUUUUGUUUCUCUAGACGCUGACGGAGGUGUGGAGUUUGCCGUCCUGAGCUCGUGUCACACAGAGCAGAGGGCCGGCUCAGGCACGCUGGUUUUAUUUGCUCUCGUCGAGCACACUGCCCUUAAUCCUCCCGUGGUUUUGUUUCUGCCCGGGCAGCAUUAGGGGCCCUGGCGGCCAACACGCGUACAGAGGGCGCAUAGUACUUUGGGCAACAAUCCUGCUGAUGUCAGUAUAUUUUCCCGAACAUAUCUCUCAAAGUGUUUCUACAUAAACAUGAGUGUUCACUAUCGUGUCAGUCUUCUGCAGAUAAAGCACGAAACAUUUCCCAACAUCUUUCCUCUCCUCUCAGGUCCAGCCCGUCGUAUGAGCAGCUAUAUCACUACAGUCUUUAAAUCUAAUUAUGUAAACCGUUGCCUUAUAAGAAUAUUCAUAUAGCUGGUGAUAUUAUACGAAGGCCGUGAUGCACUUUUCCAUCGUGACUAGAACCUGCUAGCAGGACGCUUGGCAGGUAAUAAUGUGACAUAAAGUGGGCGACUCCCACAUGAUACAAACUUUAUCUUUCCACAUGUGCCUUUAAGUAUUGUUGCAUAUUAUUCAGAACACGUUUUCCUCUAACGGCGUAACGUUUUAGGAUGCAUAGUUCCAUUUAAUAGCGCAGUGUUAUGUAAGGACAAGUAAUUGAAUUCAAUGGGCCCUCAGAAGAUUUCCUUAAUUUUUAAUCAAGUAAAGUUUUGUUUAAACUCAAGCUUUCUCACCAAAACCGUUCUGUUAAUCUUUAAUGUGUAAUGAGCAUGCUCUCAUGUCUGCCUCUCAGAGCAUAAAGGCCUUUUAUUAAAGAAGUUGACAAAAUGACUUCACUCAAGAAGUUUUGUCUUUAACUUAAAAUCACAACACACAUCCUCCUCAGUAGAAUAUAGUCAGACGAUAUAUUAAUAAUUGAUUAAAGAUGGUACACUGCUGAGGAGGACUGUGAGUUGUGGUUGAAGAGUCCGGAAACAGCCAGUAAAUGGACACAAGAUUUCCAAUUAUGAACAGUAAGUUGUGUUUUUUUCGCAUUAGAUCAGUACAGGAGCAGCAAUAACCAUCACAGUUAAUGCUCACUGUUUCCUCUCAGAGUGUUGAAUAAGUGAGUACAGAGCUCUCCAUGUAGAUGACCUGCACAGGAUGUGUUUACCGUGGGAUCAUACACCUGUUCUCAACAGUCCUCUGGUCCGUCUCUGCUCAAGAUGUUUCUGCUGUUUGUCAUACUGGGUUGGCCUUUGAGCUGUUUGAGUAGGUAUGACGUUGGACAGGAAGAACGGGUUCAUAUUGUAGCCUGCGGUAAGGACAAAAGAUGUGUCGCUAACAGGUCAUCACAUCAAAAGUUACUAAUCUUUGUGUAUCAGUCACACAUACUUUUAGACCUUCUGCGUCACUUUUCAGGUAUGUUGUAAAGCGAAGGAAGGCUGGGUUUUGCACGCAGUGUUUCUGCGUCCGCUGUCUGUGCGGUGAGUUAAGGACAAUAAGUAGCUGUCGGACUGCAGGAAACUUUGAGAAACACUUUGCUUGAGAGGGAGGCUUUGCUAAUGAGCUCGCACAAAGGCAACAGCAACAUGAUGUGAGGUGGAUUCAUACAUAGUUGAUGAGGUCUCCGAGUUCCUUCAUUUCACUUCAACAGUUUUUGUGUUUAGACGACAAAAAUGGAACUCAUAGAAACAUUAAGUAAGAUUAUUAAAAUACAAAUAAAACUGUUUAUUAUUAUAUCUCUAUCUCAACCUAAAUGCAGCUUGUUGUGUGCAUCAGGCAGGGUCCAUGUUGUUUCAGUGUGUCGCCGUCUUCUCCCCCCGUGGGAAUCCCAUGUUUGGGCCGGAGGCUGUGGCCCUCACAAAGAAGCUGCAAAUGAAGUUCGGCCGACCUUCUUUGUCAGAGUUGAGAACUUUCCAUUCUUAUGCAGCGCCAUUGAUUGAUCGAUGAGCAAUGUCAUAGAUGGCGUAGGCUGACUCAUAUAUUCAUUUGCAUAUCAAUAUUGCUGACAAUAGGGUUGAACAAUGGAGCAGAUUCAAGGUUAAACAAAGCAGAAAUGUCUCCGUGUUGAACUUAAACAUGAGGACUGGAGGUUGGACUAGAAAAUAUUCAAACUUUGAAAAACAUGUUGCAUUCCUACCAAACAUUUUCCUUGACUAUGUUCUUUUUCUGCAUUUGUUUACCAGUGGAAGUGUUGUUGACCACAGUUUCCUCAAUGUUAAUGUCCAAACACAUCUCUGGAAUUGGAUAUGGAAACAUCGCAGCAUGUUUAAUGACUUCAUAUGACACGAUUAUUCUGCUAUUGAUGAACUUGUUGGGUAACUGAUAAACCCACCAUUGUCUUUAUAUGCUUUCCCAGUAGGAGAAGCUUAUCUUGCUUGUAUUCCUAUUUUUAUAUAUUCUAUAGAUAUGAAAGAAACCUGUCAGACAAUAGCCGGGCUCCCAUCACUGUUGUGUGAUUACACUUUACUCUCGCAUGGAGGCUUCCACCUUGUGAAUAAAUGAUAGAUCCUCGUUCUGUCUCUAUUUUAAGAAUUUAAAGCGCAGUCAAAAAUAAACACCAGAAGCGAUCGCAGUCAGUGUGUACGACGACUGUGGCUUUAACGAGACAGCAGUCGAGCUGUGACGGGAUAAGCAGCCGAAGCCUCUUUCCCCACUUCAUAGGGUGGAAGGAGAGGGAGAGAGACACGGUGGCGGCGGGAUAGCCGAGGACUGUGUGGCGCCUGUGAUCCACGGGAUUACAAGAGUGAGGAUGAACGCUGAUGAGCACUGGUGGUCGUUAUGAUGUCACCCUGCUCCUGUCUGAGUCCGCCCGGCGACAUAGGAUGCUCUUAAUCAUUCAUGGCCCUGUCGCCCGCUUGUCUCAGUUUGAGCUGGAGUCAUGUGACACUUGGAGUGUUCGGUUACAUAAGGGCUUCGUCGGCGGCUGAGGCAAUCAUUCUAAACUAAAACGAACAAGAUAAUACCCAAUGCGUCUUUGGGCAUCCUGCUGCUCUAACAUGGGACAUUUGUAGCUGUGUGUGCAUGUUUCUGUGUAUAUUGAAAGCAAUGUCCUAGUAGUAUGAGUCAACACAGAGCUAUGUACUACGUUUCUGUCCAGGCACUGAAGUGAAAUAACUUAGAACAUUAAUUCCAAUCCAUGCUUCACCCGCCUGCUAAACUAGUGGAAUAGUCUACUCGGUCUCAGGUCUGAAAUGAAAUGAGAAAAUCUGUGAUAAUGAAAGUACCUGAAGUCCAAAAAGAUUGAGGUAUUAGAUUGUCACAUAUAGAUGGAAAGUCAUUGGAACCAAAAAUAUAUUCCGCUCUGCCUGAUGGUUCUACAAAUGAGUAAAUUACACGUUUUCCAAACCCAAAAAAAAAAGAGCCCCAAAAUGGUUAUUUUUCUCUAAAAUCAGGCUUAAGUUUGACUCGAUGCCUAACACUGAUUCGGAGAAAGCAUGGAUAGACUUACUGAAAAAAUAUGUUUAUGACAUUUAACAGCUUCGAUUUGAUAUAUUAAAUAUAUUUGAUAUAUUUGAUAUAUAUAUUAAAGGGCUUUUAGUAUUCAUAACACUGCCAUUCUCCAUGAUGUAUCUGAAAGGCUGCAACUGAAUAUGACAGGACUGCCUGCAGGCCGUACUUCAUCUUUUGUCAUGCCCACAAUAAUGGGGUCUUGGUGAUCCUGGGGGGGGGGGGUUGAACUAUUCCUCAUCAAACACCAAGGGGCCCAGAUGGACAUUAAAUGGGCCAUUUCCUGGAAGGACUAAAGGUGUGGGGUUUGCACCUUUUUGAUAUUUGAGCACCCACCGACAUAUUUUAUGCAGAGGUUGAAUGUCUUGGGAGUGAAGAGGCACAUCAAAGGCAUUCCCCUUCAGCUAUAGCACUGUGGGGGAUUGUCUUAUUGCCCUGCAUGUGGCCUCCAGGAAGGGGUUAAUCCAGCCAUCUGAAUGAGCUGAUCUCUCCAUGUAGGGGAUCAAAUCUCUCUCUCAGUCUCCAGCCGGCUUACAGACAGGAAGCUCUGCUCGGAUGUUGCCAUAGAGAAAUGCAAAACUCUGGGCAGCGGGGAGGGACACAUCAGUUUGAGUUGUCUUGACUGGUCAGUCGCACAUUCGGCAGCCUUUUUGUGCAGCGGAUGGUAAUUGGCUACUGCUCAAGGCGUGAAGCAAUAAGCGGUUUAGCUAAUAAUAGAUCGUACUGCAUUACGACUGUGUCGACUUUGUGGGUAUUUGUUUGCUCCACCCUAUGUUCUGAUAGUUUGGCAUCCAGUUGCUGUUUAAAUAGCCGGCCCAACAGUAAGCCUACUCCAGUUGUUAGUAUAAGGGUGUGAACUGAACUCAAAUGUCUUUUAAGUAGAAGUUGAACAUGAGCUUUUCAAGUGUUAUUUGUCAAUGCCGUUGCUCUUUGUUUGCCCGUCUUUUGUGCCAUCUUCUUUGUUGUUGUGGGCACAGUGCAUCUCCGCCAUUAACAGCACCAGAACAACAGAAGAAAUCUUGAAUGAAGUUGUUGAAUAAUGAGGAUAAAACCUCCGGCAGUGGAUAGAGUUCAGUUCUCUUUGGAGAUGAUCUCUCUGUUUUUGAAAGAGCAGCGAACAAAAAACAAACCCAGCACACGCUUUUAUCAUCCAUGAAACCUGCCUCUGUUCCCUCUAGUGCUACACAGUUGCCUUUUCAGUUGAAUGGCUUAUUGUUAGAGAUGCAAAUGUUUUCAUGGAUGACGUUGUUGAAUAUUGUUGAGUGAAGCCCCCAUUCAUUCACUGUGGGGAUACGCAUACAGGCCUGGAGCGUGGGCUUUAGCUCCAGUUUGAGAAUGAUGGGACAGCUGUCUGGCUAAAACAAUUGAAACCUUUGUUAAUGCCAUUAAUGCAUGGAGCUAGUGGACUGUAGCUAGCACAGAAGUGGGUGUUUUUAAACAUUUCUCUCCGUGUGAUUCUGAUUUAAGGUCAUGUUUCAGGGCUGGUGACGCGAGGACAGUUUGGUCUAUGAAAGGAGCGCUGUUAUCUGCUUAUUGAGUCAAAGAAAAUCGGUGCAAGUACAGGAUCGAGGUGAGCUGCAGUAAACCAAGAGCAGCCUGCUUUCCUCAUAUGAGGAAAAUAACUUUAAUUAAUGACUUGGUCAUAUCCAAGUAGAUAAGAUAGACACACACGUAGGUCAAAUUGUGCCGUUCAUGUAGGUUUAGUGAAAAACUGUCGUAAUGAAGCGGUGACGGGCGGAACAAAAUAUUCUGUUGGAGGCUCUCGAACUGCCUUCAAGGCUCAAGAGACAAAAGGCCAAACUGAGAACAACACAAAGAGGCAGCAAUGGAAACAUUUUGUCUCUCGAUGAUGGGAAGGUUAGAACAGAAUGUAGCAGUUAUGAACUUUCUGAGCUGUGCUGUAACGCUAAAGAAGUGCUGCUCCACUUCAUUAUUUUUUUAGUUGUUGUGCCAGCUUGAACUGCCCCGGCUCCCUGUAUCCUGUGUCUUGCUGGUUAUGUAACAGUCAGGGGCCUAAAUGGGAACUAAAGCACAGCAGAGGCAGCGGACACUGCAGCCACUUGAAGAAGCGAAUGUGACAGCAGCCUAUUAGAGUUUUUAGGGGGAGCCAAAAAAAAUGUAGCAGAAGAAUUGUACCGACACAUUUGAAUGGGAACUUAUUUUGCCUUGGUAGGCUUCACUCAGGGUGUCAUUACUGUUGGUUUUAUGAAGGUGCUGGGGACUUUGCACCAGAAAGCUUUUAUUCACCGUUGCAUAACACCCUCAGACCUCUGAAUGUAUAAAAACCUUUGAGUUUAGUACCACUCAAGUGAGGCUUCAUUGUAAAGCUCUGGCAACAAAAGUUUCCGUACUCGAUGCAGAUCAGGACGGGGCUGAUCCAAAGGUAGAGAUGAAACCCGAGCUGGAGGACCAGAAUGGCUGCUCACAUUAAACACCUGGAAUUACACUUUCUUUGACAUCUCGUACAACUGCCAACAUCUUUUUGGAAGGAACUCUCCUGAACUCCUACAGAACCCUAGUUUAAUUUCUCUCUGUUGAAGUCAGAGACUGCCAUCAUGCCUAUACUCAAGCAGCUGGUGAACAACUCUAAGCAGUCGAAGCGGCGGUCUCGGGCCGACCUCACCUCGGAGAUGAUCAGCUCUCCAUUGGGGGACUUCCGCCACACCAUGCACGUUGGCAGGGGAGGCGAUGCCUUUGGGGACACUACGUUUCUUAGCACCCGAUCAGGGGAACCUCCCAGGGAGCCGGAACCAAAGCAGGCAACAAAGCACGGCUCCCCGGUCACCAAACCAGGGCUGCUGUCCCGCACCUUCAGAAGCAGCAAGCGCUCCCAGUCAGUAAACCGGGGGGACAAGUAUGACUACAAUAUGAUGGCGUCCUCUGGUGGCUCAUCCGCCUUUGUGAAAAACGCCAUAUCCCUGCCUUACCUAAACGAAGAAGAUACAAACAGAGGCAGCAAACUGCCAAAGAGCGUGUCCUCGAGCCCCAUGAAGAGGCUGUCGGAGAUUGAAAGCAAGCCGGUAAAUGGAGCUGCGGCGAUGGCGACAUUGGAUGUGGAGUUUGAAGAGCGUAAUUUUGGCGAACUUACAGAUUUGCCCCCAUCCAUGCCUAAGGGAGGCGGCAUGAAGCACGCAGAGUCUAUGAUGUCCUUCCACAUCGACUUGGGGCCCUCCAUGCUCGGGGACAUCUUGAGCGUGAUGGAAAAGAAAGGCUGGGAGGAGGACGACCUCGGCUACGAAGAGGGGAAAGGUAGCGAGGGCCACGCAUCACCCUCCCUCAUUCCUCACAUAUAUGAUGAAGUGGAGGAGCAGGCCCCUGCAAGGCCACCUCGCAGCAUGUACCAGCAGAAGCCCACGGUGGAUCCCUACACCCCAGAGCUACCCACCAGGAACAACCACCACAACCUGGACAGCUACUCCGUGUCCAGCGCCGGCUCGGUCACUGAGGAGAAACCUCAGUACCAACUCCACGACGCCGACACGGACAGUGCAAAGUACAGUUCGCCCCGUGGGGAGGAAGACAGAGAGUUCACCUACAUGGACGAUGAGGACGACGAUGAGAUUCGAGUGUAGACUGGUUUCAUUGUCUCAGAGGACACUAAUUGAGAGGACUAAGCUGGAAAAGAUGGGAGGGAUUUAGAGGCAGGGCCACAUCUGCUUUAAGCUGCUUGUAGAUCAAUCGUAUCUCUGCACACUUCGUUCAACAUCAUAAACCAAUACAGCCUUAUUCACUGUGCUGUAUUAGGAGGUAUGACCCGAGUGCAUACAGACUGGCUCACACAAUGACUUCAUAAAGGUUCGAGUUCGUCGAUUGUUGCACAUUUUUGCAAUGUCAAACUCUGAACUCAUGAUCGGGGAAUUCUUCAAUUCCCAAAAAGACCGACACUCUCGUGUUCAAACCUUUGUCCUUCAAAUUUGUCCGCAUUACAAAUCAUCAUGACCAUAGGGUUGGAGAGCCAUACCCCCAUUUGUCAGUCACACGGAUAUCAUGUUUGGAGUGUGAUGGUAAGAGACACGCGAGGUCACAAACCAGAUGUGGAUGUGCACCACAGAUUCUGAACCAGGAAGAGGACGAGAGGGGAAACUCGGAUAGCGUUGAAUUCCCCGAGUGUGUGUGUGUGUGUGUGAGUGAUCAUGGAGUCUUAUUGACACUAAAUAGAUAAAGUAGAUUUUACUUUUGUCCCCAUCAGACUCAAAGGGGUGAUUUCUGUUAUUUAGCUUUACUUCAUGUUAUGUACAUAGAGUAUCUGGAAGUCGCUCUACAGUAGCCUGUUGUAUUUGAGUUUGGUAGUUUAUCAUUUUGCCGCUGUCUUCAUUUUGUAAAUUCACAGAGAGCUGUGUUAGUUUUUCAUACAUUUUGAAAAGGGAUGGAUUAUUCUCAAUGUGCACUGCUAGAUCUUUAAAGUUUAGUCUUUGGGAGGGGGUUUCUGACAUUUCUUACAAAAACGUCUUAAUGGUACUACAGAGUGAGCCAGCUUCUUUCUGUAGAAGUUGACUACAUGGCACUUAAUUACUCAAGUAGACAUCAAAUGUUCUAUCACUCCUGCAACCACUGUCAUGGUAAAGCUGUAUCGGAUGACAAUGACUUCUGUUUUACAAAAAUCGUCCGCUGCUAGUGAAGGUCUAUUUUAAUUUGCAAAAGAAGGCCUUAUGUAUGUGUUCUGUGUCCUGUAUUCAUUGAAACAGGACAGAAGUGGUGAUUGUGGCUGAUUAUGUGUAUUUCUGAGUCAUCACAUUUCGUUCCACAUCAGCACUGAGGUUGGUAGGACAGCAGGUCAGCAGAAAGGCAUAUACAAAGUUUGAAAGGGAGUUGUUGCAGUAUGAAAACUUGUUCUAUCAAUGAAUAGCUUUGGCUCUAUCCAGCAGAUGUAUCCUCUUUCUCUAGACAUGAGCUCAGGCUUGUCUCUAAAGGCAGAGGAUGUGAAAACAUGUACAAAGUGUUAUUAGAGCGCAGCUACUUGAAAGAUGGGCAUCAGGUGUUUCCCGGGGCGGUGAGACUGAGAGUGGCAGAUAUUUCCCCAACUGGCCCCACAAGUGGUACCGUUCGCCUCCUCUACACAACCCAAAUCACACAGUAGGUAACGGAUGAUUAAAUCAACCCAUCAUCUGGCCUUUCCCCGUCUACUCAUUACAUGUGCUGGAUUAUUGGCCCCCAACCAGCUGGAACUGCUCCAGAAACAGCAGGGUCAGGAACAGCCAGGUGGACUGUUUAGUCUUUGGCUUUCUUGUGUCUUCUAAUACACGCUGACUCAGCAGGCUCCUCCAGGUCACUUUCAGUUCUAAAGAAGGCACGCAGAGGAGUGCUCUUUCUGGUAUCCAUGAUUAAUGUCUGACUUUUUUAUUUUUUUUUUUUGGUAUUAUUUGGUGUUAGAAAACUAAUUGCCAUGUCUGACAACUGGGACCUUUGCAUUUCCUGUGUGUAGAUAGAAUCAGGAUGCUGUGCCAUUUUGCCUCGAGGUUACUGAAAUGUUUUUGGGAAAAAACAUCUUCAUGAACAAGAAGUUCUGACAUUGUUUGUAAGAGAUCUGGAGGAAAUUGCCAAGUAUGUUGUAACUAUAUUGUUGGGUAACGUGAGCAGGAUGUUUGAUUUUGUUUAAGUUUCUCGUUUGUUUUUUUACUUAUGUGUAGAUAUACAGUAUGAUUCGAGUCAGAACUCUUUUAUAUUUUAAUGUAAAUUUGACUGUCUUUCACUUCUAUUGAUCCAUUGUGAAGCGUGUGGUUGGUUGAUUGUUUGGGCAGCUUCAACCCUUCAUGUUCCUCACCAAGAAAUGGACAACCUGAGAAAAAAAACAACACUCCUUAUCUGCCAUUGUUAUAAUCUAGUAAUGUAAAUAUAAUUUGUGCCAUCGAUGAUUACAGUCUUUGUUAUCAGCAGUGUGACUC